AAAUAACCGAGGAACAGUCUGAUUAAAGUGAACAGAGUCUGGCCAUCGCCCAAGGGAGUCCGUUUACACUGAUUUUUCCAGCGUCCAGUCUUGAUGAUUUCCUGCAAAGCGUCGCGGUUCGUAUUAGAAAAUUCCAUCUGCCAGAAGCAGCAGCAGAAGAAUUAUUCUCUGCAAGGAGUAGUAGGAAAUUUCCAGCUGAGGCCAUCUCAUUAUCAUCAUCAGCCUGGGAUAAGGUGUUGUUCCUCAUCAACUGAUGGUCAAUGGACAAGCUCGAGUUACGAUUAUCAUGUCAAUAUCAAGAAGAAGCUCCUCAAGACAGAAGAAAUUAGAAAGGUGAAUUGCCAAGUGGAAGUGAUUUCGUGGAGGGAGAGAAGAAUUAAGGCCCAAAUUGCUGUCAAUGCAGACAUUCAAUCUGUCUGGAAUGCUCUCACUGACUACGAGCGUCUCGCUGAUUAUAUUCCCAAUCUCAUUUCCAGUGGGAGAAUUGCUUGCCCUCAUCCAGGGAGGAUAUGGUUGGAGCAGAGAGGCCUGCAGAGGGCACUCUAUUGGCAUAUUGAAGCUCGCGUCGUGUUGGAUCUAAAAGAAUUUCCCAUUUCAGCUAAUAAUCAUGAGCUACACUUUUCGAUGGUUGAUGGGGACUUUAAGAAGUUUGAUGGCAAGUGGUCUUUAAAAUCAGGGACAAGGUCUGGAACAACACAAUUAUCAUAUGAAGUUAAUGUAAUUCCAAGGUUCAACUUUCCAGCUAUUUUCUUGGAAAGGAUUAUUAGAUCAGAUCUUCCUGUGAAUCUUCAAGCCUUGGCUUGUCAAGCAGAGCGAGAUUUUAUAGGGAAUCAAAUUGCAGAAAAUGGGAAAUCCAGGGCCAUACUUACUUCUCUGGGCAAAGGUGUACCUGAUGCUUUCUAUGAAAAGGAUAAUUUGUUUAGUGGAGAUAUUAAAGAGAGUUUUCCUGGCUCAAAUAUUGGCCCCAUACCAUCAUCUUCAAGUGAGUUAAAUACUAACUGGGGUGUUUUUGGAAAAGUUUGCAGACUUGAUAGGCCUUGCACGGUGGAUGAAGUUCAUCUUCGCAGAUUUGAUGGACUACUGGAAAAUGGAGGGGUUCAUCGCUGUGUUAUUGCUAGCAUAACUGUCAAAGCUCCUGUUCGUGAAGUCUGGAAAGUUUUGACUGCUUAUGAGAGUCUUCCUGAGAUAGUUCCAAACUUGGCCAUUAGUAAGAUUUUAUCACGAGAAAACAACAAGGUCCGCAUACUGCAGGAAGGAUGCAAGGGUCUGUUGUACAUGGUUCUGCAUGCACGUGUUGUUCUAGAUUUAUGUGAACAUCUUGAACAGGAGAUUAGUUUUGAGCAGGUAGAAGGAGACUUCGACUCAUUUCAGGGCAAGUGGCUUCUAGAGCAAUUAGGCAGUCAUCAUACGCUACUGAAAUACACUGUGGAGUCCAAAAUGCAUAAAGAUUCUAUUCUUUCAGAAGUUAUUAUGGAGGAGGUUAUAUAUAAAGAUCUCCCAUCAAACUUAUGUGCAAUUCGAGAUUACAUUGAGAAGAGGGAGGACUCAAACUCAUUAGAGAUAAAUGAACUCGCACAUUGUUCCAAGGAACUACAUUCACCUAAUGGCAACGUACACAGUGAUUCUAGCAUGAAGACCAUGAAGGUUGAUGAUUUUAAUAAGCCAAAUUCACCAAAACAAAGACCAAGGGUUCCUGGGUUGCAGAGGGAUAUUGAAGUUCUGAAGUCUGAGCUACUGAAGUUUAUAUCAGAACAUGGGCAAGAAGGAUUUAUGCCCAUGAGAAAGCAGCUUCGUCUACUUGGUAGGGUGGAUAUUGAGAAGGCCAUAACACACAUGGGUGGAUUUAGAAGAAUUGCAACGUUGAUGAAUCUUUCUCUUGCAUACAAGCACCGAAAACCAAAGGGAUACUGGGACAAUCUAGAGAAUUUGCAGGAAGAGAUUAGUCGAUUUCAGAAGAGCUGGGGAAUGGACCCUUCGUUUAUGCCAAGCAGAAAAUCCUUCGAGCGUGCUGGGCGUUAUGAUAUUGCGAGAGCAUUGGAGAAAUGGGGUGGACUCCAUGAAGUUUCUCGUCUUCUAGCUUUAAAGGUAAGGCAUCCUAAUAGGCAGGCAAAUGUUGUGAAGGAUAAGAAAAUUGAUCAUAUGGCUUCUACUAAUGUAGAAGGGGAAGACAUCAUUCCAUCAAAAACUCAUGUAUCACAGGAUACACAAAAAUGGCUCAUGAAAUUGAAAGAUUUAGACAUUAACUGGGUUGAAUGAAUUGCCCCCCAGUUCUCAUUCA